UGAUAACUGUCACUCAGUAAGGAUUACCACAAACAAUCGAUCUGUUUUACUCUGCCUAUUUUGGCUGCAACAUUUGUUUUAUUUAUUUAAGUCGUAAGCGGAAGGUGUGCGUGAGCAUGCACUUAAAACAUGCUGUUUUAGAAAGGUGUGUAAAAGGUAAGAAGAUUAUUUUCUGUCCAGAUUCAAAGUCUCCAUUAAACCCCGGACAAAUGGCUUAUGUCAAACUGCAUGAUGAAUCUUGUUUAUUCCGUUUACUGCAAUGAAAAAGAGAAAACAAACGAAUGCAUCAUAAAGGUUGUAAAGUGAAAGUUUGUUCAAAGAUCAUUGUUGCGAUCACAGUUGGGACGGAUGAUAAUAUGUGAUGUUGGUCAUUUUUAGAUAAUAGAUAAAUGGUGAUCCUUGAUCCCUCUCUUGCGACUUCAGCCACACGUUUCUAAAGCAGUUUAUAGCCAGCAGGCUGAGUUUACUUGUAGAUUCACAUCACAAGAGAAGUUGUCACAACCAAUUUUCCAAUGGCAGAAAACAACUUUCCUCCUCUGCCUGGUUUUAUACCACUGAAGCCAUGCUUCCACCAGGACUUUGAGGAAAUUCCCGACCAGCAUCGCACCAUGUGCAAGAGACUCUACUACCUGUGGAUCUUGUAUUGUGCCACUUUGCUGGUGAAUUUCUUUGGCUGUAUGGCAUGGAUGUUCGGUGGUGGAGGAGUGACUAACUUUGGGAUGUCGCUCAUAUGGGUUAUCCUCUUUACUCCGUGUUCCUACGUGUGCUGGUUCCGAUCCAUUUACAAUGCCUUUAAGACUGACAGCUCAUUCUAUUUCAUGGCUUUCUUCUUUGUCUUCAUGGCACAACUUUUCAUUGUCAUAAUACAGGCCAUUGGUAUCCCAGGAUGGGGCGUCUGUGGCUGGUUGGGCACCAUCUCCUUUUUUGGCACGAGUAUCUUUGCUUCCAUCAUUAUGCUAAUUCCCACAAUCAUGUUCACUGCAGUCGCUGCCGUUGCAUUCAUCGCGCUUACUAAGGUUCAUAAUUUCUACCGGGGGAGUGGAGGCAGUAUGAGUAAAGCUCAGGAGGAGUGGGUAUCUGGGGCCUGGAAAAAUCCUCACGUUCAGCAGGCAGCUAUGAGUGCCGCUACAGGGGCCAUGCAGGGUCCACCGGCACAACAGUUCUCCACACCAACCUAUGACAAUACAAUGUAAUACAGUAGAAAACAAUAAUGAUGCACUGUAGCUAAAACAUGAAGCUUAUAUGAAAAGAGUGGUGCUGUUAAAACAAUGUAGUAUUUUUUUCGGUUUUGUCUAUGUUUUUUUUUUUUUUUAAUUUUAUGAAUGAGAAAAUGUGUUAAUGUAGCCAUAUACGGUAAAAAGUGGUAGUAAUGUGUGUCAUAAUAAGAUUUAUAUUAGGGUUCCCACUGUCAUGAAAAAAUUAUGAAAGUCAAUAUCCUUGCAAAUACUUGUUGUUUCAUUUUUAAAAUAUUUGAAAAUAGCUGAGAUCUAAAAUAUUUAAUUGGCAAGAAAUUGUUCUUUGUAAGCAUGCUAGGAUGGAAAGUGCAGCUUUAAAUUACAUAAAUUAUUAUAUAUAUAUAUAUAUAUAUCUGUUCAAAACUGAAAACCCAGCCCAAG